AUGACGGAACUCUCAUUCGCAAAGACCUUCCUCACGACUCUCGAUUCGAGACCGACCAAGGUUACUGCAGACCAUGUCGAAGACCCAAAGUCCUACCCAGGACGAGGCGCAUACAUCCUCCCCAAAUUCCCCCGCCCCAUGAACAAGCGCCAAAAGACCUCCACCCUCCCCGGCUCCGAACCCUCCCUCUCUGUCCUGCUGAAAAGCGCCCGCAACCCCCCUCUCGAAAUAACACUCACCUCCCAAGCUCUCAGCACCUCCAUCCUCUCUUUGAAAGAAUUCGUCUCAGCCCAAUCCUCCAUCCCUGUCUCCAAGAUCCGAUUACUCUACAACAAAAAGCCCGUUCCCGAUAGCAAGAUACUGAAAGAUCUGCUCGGUGAUGGGGACGUGGGGACCAAGAUGGAGUUUGGGAUUAUGGUUAUGGGUGGCGUGGCGGUGUUGAAGAAGGCGGAUGAGGAGGUUGAGCCGAAGGUUGUUGGGGAGGGUGUCAUUGGCGCAGGGGCGGAGGUGUUGAAGACGGAGGAGUUUUGGGGGGAUCUGAAGGGAUUUCUUGUGCAGAGGUUGAAGGAUGAGAGUGAGGGCGAGAGGGUGGUUGGGGUUUUUAGGAAGGCUUUGCAAUCCUAG